CAGCACCUGAACACCUGUCUGCAGGUGACGCUGUACCACAGGUAGACGCUGGAAUGAAGGGAAAUUAGUGAGCGUUUUCUUGAUUAUCUUUCUAUGUGGAUUGUUGAACUGGUAUUUUGUGACAUAUAAAUAUUACGUUUAAAUAACGAUCAAGCGGAUGUUAAUACAUCGACCAAGUUGUUGACGUAUUUUCAAAAUGGCGGACGAAUUUAAGUCGUUUGACAAGACACCCAUCAUUAACCUCAUCAAUCUAAACAGAUGGAAGUUUGGUCUAAGGGAGAUUAUUCUCGGAGCCAUCGCCCUUUUGCUCUUGUUUCUCUGCGUCAUUUUAGCCAGUCUGUUUGGUAAAGCCAACAAUGAGUUAUCGGAACUGGCGGCUACACAAAGCCAAGCUUACAUUGACGAGCGUAUGUGUGUUGAUAUCGGCUGUAUGGAGACGGCCACCAGGGCCAUGGAACUACGGAACAAAAGUGUUGACCCGUGUGAGAACUUUUAUGAGUACGCUUGUGGCAACUACCAGAAUGUAGCAUCGGUUUACCUGGAUGGGGGCACCCGUAGUGUGCUACAAGACUUGAGGCGACAGAACGAAGAUCGUCUCAUCGACCUGAUGGAGACUCCCAUAUCAAAGAUGCACGACGCUUCGUCUGAAAGAAAACUCAAACAAUAUUUCCAGGGCUGUAACAAUUUGUACACCCGCGACAAGAAGAGAGGAAGACCGUUACUGGAACUAAUCAAUUCUGAACUUGGGGGGUGGAAACUUUUGGGUAACUGGAAACAAGACUGGGACUUCAACGACGCCCUGAAGAAAGUUCAGUCGGAGUUCUGGGUGGAGGCCUUCUACUCCCUUCACGUAGGAAGAGAUUGGUACGACCACACUAAAAGAGCCAUUGAAAUUUCUCCGGCAGGUACGGGGAAGUACAUGUACUGGAGUUGGUACACUAACCCAAACGCUGAAUCAUAUCGGGACGCGUACAAAAAGUUUAUUCGAAGAGUUGGCUCCCUUCUAGUCAAUGACGCCAUUACUAUGAAUAUCACCCAGGACAACGGGACAACAGAGUCAGAUCUGGACGAGUUUGUCAACGAUACCUUCACCAUAGAGUCACACCUGGCGUCAGUGGCGUCAGAAUCUGAAUACACGUAUGACGCCUAUCAAGACGCUAACAAGGUGACCUUGACCGAGCUGACCAGUGAGUCCAACAACCUGAUCAACUGGGUCCAGCAGUUGUCCUAUCUCUUCAGCACCGCCAGGAUCACCGGCGCCACUAAGGUCGUGCUGACACGCAGGAACUACAUCCGGGAACUGACGGAGCUGAUUGCGUCACUUCCUGCCGAACACCGGAGCCGGAUGUUGCAUAACUACCUGAUAUGGCGCCUGGUUGAACGUUAUGUCACGGAAAUGUCCUGGGACUACAUCCACGCCAAUAAGGAGGUCUACGUGUUGCUUCACAAGGUGGAGAACUUUCAGGGUCUGUACAAGUACUGCUUCCUCACUGCCCAGUGGCAUAUGCAGGACGCACUCAGUGCACUCUAUGUGCGGCACUUCUUCAGUGAGGAGAACAAGAUGGCGGUUCACGAGAUCACAGACAACAUCAAGCUGGCCUUACAGUCACAGCUAGAGAAGACGCCAUGGAUGGAUGCAACAACCAAACAAUACGCCAAGGAGAAGCUGGAUAACAUCCUCUUCAAGAUGGGGUAUCCAGACUGGAUGGGCAACCAGGCAAAUGUUGACGAGAUGUACAACGGGUUGACCAUCAACGCCAGCGACCACUUCGCCAACCUGCUCAGCAUCAACCAGUACUACCGCAGCCUGAUGAUCGAGGAGCUGACCAGGGUGGGGGAGGAUCGGGAGGAGUGGUACGACCCCACCUACUCCACCGUGCUCUACCUGUACUGGCCGUGGAACGAGUUGUCGGCCCCUGCAGGAAUUCUUCAGUACCCGAUCUACUCUAAGAAACAGCCGCACCACGCGACGUUUGGUUCACUCGGCACCAUCCUCGGUCGUACCCUACAUCACGUGGUUGACGAGUGGGGGAAAUGGCACGACAAAAAUGGCGACUAUAUGGACGAGUAUGGGACGUGGUGGUCCAACGCUUCACUCACGGCGUACGAGACAGUCCGGAAAUGCGUCUCAGACGUCUACAGCAACGUCACGAAGACGUACACCUACCCGGAUGGGACGUCAGUCAACGCCCAGUUAAACGUCCAAUGGUACACGCCCAUGGCGAUCGCCUGGACCAAUGGGAUAAGGCUCGCGUUGAUUGGUUAUCAAGAUUGGGUCAAAGGUCAAGGGAUCGUUGAAAAAGUUUUACCCGGAACUGGGUUGACCAACGAGCAGAUGAUUUUCCUAGCGCAUGCGCAAUCAUACUGUGUGGCAAACGACGACCGUCAGAAGUUAAAUGCCUGGAUGAGGGGUCAAGUUGCUAACGAUAUCCGGGUCAACAUGGCAUUGGGUCAACUGGAAGAGUUUUCUAAAGCCUUUAAUUGUAAACCCGAGGCUAAGAUGAACCACAAGGUCAAGUGUGACUAUUAUUAGAUUUCUACGUCAUUAUCAUGUUAUUUUUUUCUCUUUACUUUUUUUGUGUUGUGUAUCCCACAGAGCUUAAAUUAAUUGCUAACGAUAACCUUGGAUCAAAACGUUAAUUGUAUGCCCUGUAUAAUAUUUAAUUUUAAAACUUAUUUGUCUAUUUUAAUUAUGUUUUCUUGUCAAAUAAAUACUUUAUACAGCCAUAUUUUUAUUUUGUAUAUGUUGAUUUUUAGGUUUUAAAGAGUUGGUUACGAAAUAUAUAUUACAGUACACA